AUUAAUAUAAAUUCAACAAUAAUAAUUUUAUUAAAUGUUAUAAUAAUUGGGGUUAUUAUAACAGCAUCUUCUAACAAUUGAAUUUCUAUAUGAAUGGGAAUUGAAAUAUCAAUAGUAUCAUUUAUUCCUAUAAUUACUAACUAUAAUAAUCAAAUAAGUUCAGAAUCUAUAAUAAAAUAUUUUAUCAUCCAAAGAAUUGCAUCAACCAUAUUUUUAUUCAGAACGAUUUCUAUAUUAAUUGGGGUUAAUAUAGAAAUCAUAGAGAACUUAGUAAAACUAUCAAUAAUUAUUAAAUUAGGAUUAGCUCCUUUUCACAAUUGAGUGUUAAUAAUUAUUGAAUCAAUAUCUUACUUUCCUAUAUUUAUUAUAUUAACUAUUAUAAAAAUUCAACCAAUAAUUAUUAUGUUUCAAUUAAAUUUUAAUAAAAUAAUAACAUUAGUAAUCUUAAUAAGAAUAAUUAUUAGAUCAUUUUCAGCUUUAAAUCAAUCUUCUAUUCGAAAAACUUUAGGGUGAUCUUCAAUUUACAAUAUAAGAAUUAUAAUAACGUCAACAAAUAAAUUAAUAAUGUCAAUAACUUACUUAAUAAUCUACUCACUUAUUAUAAUAAUUUUACUAAAAACAGUAAUAAAAAUAAAAAUCAACUAUUUAAAUCAAAUAAUAUUCAAUGAAUUUUCUAUAUUAAUUAAAAUUAAUAUAUGAAUUAAUAUGUUAUCUAUAAGAGGUUUUCCCCCAACUAUGGGAUUUUUUAUUAAAUUAAUUAUAAUUCAAAACAUAAUUAAUGAAAAUCAAAAUAUAAUAAUUAUAGUAAUAGUACUAACUUCAAUAUUAGUUAUAAUAUUUUACACACGAAUAGCAUUUAAUUCUAUAAUAAUAUUUUGUCACAUAAAAAAAUGAAUAAUAAUUUCUAUAAAUAAACCUAUAUACUAUUUAAUAAUUUUAAAUUUAACAAUAAUAUCAACUAUAUUAACAAUAAUAAAUUUUAUAUAA